AUGACUCAAACAGUCCUCCCAUCAGCAGCGGCCCCUCCGGUCUACGAUGCCGCCUCAGGUGUCCCAGAUGUCGCUGAAAAGCAACAAAUCUGCCCCCGCCACGGCACUUCCACGACGCCCACGAUUGACAAGCACCUGCGCCAGUUUCACGUCAACGACAGGCUGCAGGCCCUCGCUCCAGGCACCACCGCGCUGGAUGGCCAGGGCUGCACCCGAUGCACAGUCGAGGCCGUCGCCAGUGUCCUGUCCGGGUAUACGAGGGACCUCAAGGCGGCCAAGAAGUCAGGCCAGCUCACCAAGCAGGAGAAGAAGGCCAUGAAGGCCGAGGCCAAGGCGAUGAGCAAAGAGAUCAAGAGGGAUCUGAAGGCUACUUGGAAGAAGGCCGCCUAA